AUGAAACUAAUUUUGAUCAUAUUAUUCUUAUUUAUUUCUCUUAUUCUAUCUUCCAUCGCUACGAAUAGCACAAACAUUGUUACAUGUUUGAUGAAUUACAAUGUUAGUAACUUCUCUGUUAACAAAACAGGGGAUGAUGGUAGUUAUUACUCUAACUUGCUUGAUUUUUCUAUUCAGAAUCUCCGUUUCGCGGAGUCAUUUAUGCCUAAACCAAUGGUUAUUAUUGUACCGGAGAGUAAGGAGCAGCUAGUGAGCAGUGUUAUGUGUUGCAUACGAAGUUCGUAUGAGAUUAGAGUAAGGUGUGGAGGACAUAGUUAUGAAGGGACUUCAUCGGUUACCUUGGAGGGUGGUUCGUCGUUUGUGAUCAUUGAUUUGAUGAAAUUAGAUGAUGUUUCGUUGGAUUUGGAGUCAGGAACAGCUUGGGUGCAGGGUGGAGCUACGCUAGGUCAGACUUAUUAUGCAAUCUCCCGAGCAAGCAAUGUUCAUGGAUUUACAGCUGGUUCUUGUCCAACUGUGGGCGUUGGUGGACAUAUUUCCGGGGGUGGUUUUGGUUUUUUGUCAAGAAAGUAUGGACUUGCUGCUGAUAAUGUGGUGGAUGCGCUUCUAGUUGAUGCAGAAGGAAGGAUAUUGGACCGCGAAUCCAUGGGAGAAGAUGUGUUUUGGGCGAUUAGAGGUGGUGGUGGUGGAAUAUGGGGAGUCAUAUAUGCUUGGAAAAUCCAAUUGCUCAAAGUACCUAAGAUUGUCACUAGUUUCAUACUCUCUAGGCCUGGAUCCAAACGUUACGUGUCUCAACUAGUUCACAAAUGGCAACUAGUUGCACCAAAAUUAGACGAUGAAUUUUACCUAUCUGUCUCCAUUAGAGGCGUUGCUAGUAGAGGAAUUCAUGAAAUGAAUGCCCAAUUCAACGGAUUUUACCUAGGUCCAAGAACUAAAGCCAUUUCCGUCUUGAACAAUGCCUUUCCUGAAUUGGGCAUUCGAAAACAUGACUUCAAAGAAAUGAAUUGGAUCAAGUCCAUACUUUUCUUUUCUGAAUUAGAUAACACUUCCAACGUCUCCCUUUUAAAACAACGCUACUUUGAGAAAAAAUCAUACUUCAAAGCCAAGUCGGACUAUGUUAAGACUCCAAUUUCAAUGGAUGGCAUAAUGACAACUCUUGAUGUACUUGAGAAAGAGCCAAAGGGACACAUUAUAUUGGACCCUUAUGGCGGAGCCAUGGAGAGAAUUAGUGAGGAUGCUAUUGCUUUCCCUCAUAGAAAGGGUAACCUUUUUGGAAUUCAAUAUCUAGUAGAGUGGGGAAAAAAGGAUAAUAGUAUCACCAAGAGCAAUGCGUACAUAGAGUGGAUAAGGGAGUUUUACAAUACAAUGGCACCCUUUGUUUCAAGCGCGCCUAGGGCAGCUUAUGUCAACUACAUAGAUUUGGACCUUGGAGUGAUCGACAACUUAUUGAUAAAUACUAAUGCUGGCCAUGCAAUGGAGAGAGCUCGUGUCUGGGGUCAAAAAUAUUUCUUGAAUAACUAUGAUAGGUUGGUCAAGGCUAAGACCAUAAUUGACCCGCUAAAUGUUUUUCGACAUCAACAAGGCAUCCCUCCCAUGUUCGCCACAAUACAAGAGCGUAACUAUAGUAUCGAGUGA